UAUUAUUUAUGUUUUAAUAGAGUUUUACGACUAUUAUUGCAUUCAUUGUUCAGUUAUUUUGUUAUCAUUUUGUGACAAUACGUUUGACACGAAGUUGUCUUCAUUUGUGUUGAUCUGAACUGUGGAUCAGUUGCCAUGAGUUUACUCGAGAGUAUCCCUCAAUUGAAUCAAUUGCUGGACGUCUGGCAGAAAGACAACAGGACUUCGGAACAAGUGAUUCAUGUCCUCAACAAAAUUUCAGAACUCGUGGAGAAGGAGACGGAGGCGUACCUGAAGAUGGAUCCGGACCCCUUCGACGACCGCCACCCCUCCCGCGCCCGACCCGACUGUUCCCUCGGACUCGUCCUCAAGACGCUCUUCAGGAACGAUGACUUCAUGAAUAAAUUAGUCAACGACUAUGUGAUGCAUAGGGACGACAAAGACCUCCACAUCGCUGCCUGUCGUCUAAUGUUAGACAUAUUGCCCGGUUUGGAGACAUCAGUCGUCUUCAAUGAAACGGAGGGUUUAGUGCAGCGGCUCUUCCAAUGGGCCGAAAGCGCUUCGGAUCCGUUGCAGUCAUACGCGACGGGACUAUUGGCGGCUGCGAUGGAAGUGCAGGACAUCGCCACCAACUCUAAGGACCAAAACGCGAGACUUCUGCCAAUUAUGUUGAAGAGACUGAAAGAGUUGCGGAAUAAGAGCAUUGAGACCAACGAAAACCAUUUGAAUGACCGGCCAUUCCUUCACUUGAAUAACAACAGUUUGAGUCCAAAGAAGUGUAUUUCGAAAUCCAAAGCAGAUUUGAGUGACAUUUCCAGUGAAUCUCCGAACAAAAGCAAACGAACCCUUCAGUCGAGUUCUCCGGAUCUGAACAAACGGCGCCGCCUUUCGAGUCCAAUCAGUUUCUCAGCGCUGAGUCCGUCGACGUAUAACAGCGAGUGCUCUAACAGUAGUUGGGCUGAAGUGGAGCCCUAUAUGAUUGGCUUCUCGAAAGUGCAUCCCUUGACCGAAGAGAUGAAACAGAGGUUUAUAUUACAAUAUCUCACACCAAUGGGUGACUAUCAGGAAAUGCUGUGUUUUGUGUUCGAGCACAACGCUCUCUCACUGAUCAUGCAUUACAUCGACUUAACCAAAAACAGAGACAUUAGACUCGCUUUCGACGCCCUCAAGUAUUUGGCAUCUCUUUUAUGUCAUAAGAAGUUUUCAUUAGAAUUUUUAAACGCCAGAGGAUUAGAGCAAUUACUUCAGAUAUACCGGCCCUCUGUUGCGGCCACUGGUGUCUCCAUUUGUCUAUACUAUUUAGCAUAUAAUGAGGACGCAAUGGAAAAGAUCUGUCUGUUGCCGAAACACGUACUCAACGAUUUGGUGGCCUAUGCCUUAUGGCUGCUCGAGUGCUCCCACGACUCGAGUCGAUGUCACGCCACUAUGUUUUUUAGUCUCAGUUUUUCGUUUCGUAUGAUUCUUGAGCUGUUUGAUAGUCAGGACGGACUCAGAAAACUUCUAAAUGUGAUAUUUCUUUUGGACAUCUUUUCUGACGAAACGGAAUACACUGAAGACGAGUUGUUCACCAAAAGGCAAAACGCACGGCACGUAUGCGUUGCACUCAAGCGCUACUACGAGGCGCACCUUCUGGUCGAGGCUGAGAUCCUGCGCCGAUCCACGUCUUACUCCAGCUUUGAGUCCACUUCGAAGGACUCGAUGGCCACUAAUGUUCCGCCCUAUAAGUCGACGCGAUAUAGUUAUGACAUAAUUAUGGAAAGGGUUGAGACUCUGCUCGAACUGAUGCCCAUUAGAAUCAAUUGGAAACCAGUCGACGAACUCUUGAAGUUAAGUGGAGUUAAGCUUUUGAUUCAACUCAUUGCCGUCUCUUACGACUGGAACUUCACGGGAAAGGCUGAGGCAGUGAGAAGUGCAUUGGAUGUGCUGGUCGUGUGCAGCGUUACCCCAAAGUUCCAGAACGUGUUGUGUGAGAACGUGCCCGUCGGGGAUGACAACCAAAACACUGUUGGCAUUAGGAUAAUAUUAGCUGCGGCUGAGGGCGAGAUAGUGGCCGACCCUGACUGUCAGCGCUCUGCCCUUAAUGUUAUAGUAAACUGCGUUUGCGGGCCAUUGAGUCGAAUCGGCGGCUCUAUUGCUCGUCUGUGCGGCGGAAGUGCUAAGAAGAGGUCGUUCAGGAGUGGAGAGGAUUUGUUGACCAAAAUGUGGAAUUGUGUCCGAAGUAAUAAUGGGAUUAUGAUUCUGUUGAACCUAUUGAUGGUUAAGACACCCAUCACUGACGCCGACUCUAUAAGAGCUCUUAGUUGUAAAGCUUUGUGUGGAUUAGCUCGCAGUGAAACAGUGAAACAAAUCAUUUCAAAACUACCACUUUUCACAAACGGACAAAUCCAGGGACUUAUGAAAGAGCCUAUACUUCAGGACAAGAGAACAGAACACAUAAAGUUUUGCAAGCAUUGCAUCGAACUUAUUGAGAGAGUGACCGGCGCUCCCGUGGCCACCAAUUUAGAGACUUCUAUUGCAAACAUCAAUAAAGUAAGUGUUGUUUGCGUUUUGCAGAAGUGGUGGCGCAGACGAGGANUGAAACAAAUCAUUUCAAAACUACCACUUUUCACAAACGGACAAAUCCAGGGACUUAUGAAAGAGCCUAUACUUCAGGACAAGAGAACAGAACACAUAAAGUUUUGCAAGCAUUGCAUCGAACUUAUAGAGAGAGUGACCGGCGCUCCCGUGGCCACCAAUUUAGAGACUUCUAUUGCAAACAUCAAUAAAGCAGAAGUGGUGGCGCAGACGAGGAUUGAGUUCAAUGAGAAGGAGUUAUUACAACUCAUUUACCAUCACUUAAUGAAAAAGGGUUUAUCAAAAACCGCUCAAUUACUGCACACAGAAGCAGAACUUCCGGCCUCUGGUUCUAAUCGAGCCAUUAGUCUGUGGCAAACGACACCCCUUUCCCUCAAUCGAGUCGUAAUCACGUCCAAUAUCGACGGCUCCAUUUCCCAACAGUUUGUCCACCUCUUCCCCCGUCAGCAGUGCGACGCUCAACAAUACUAUGACUCCCGUCGUGUCUGCAAAUACCUUGUCCUCGCCUUCUAGUCUGCAGAAUGCGAACUCCCUGUCCCCCAGUGUUCCCAUUCGUAUACAUCGGCCCAAUCCUAGCAAAAGUUCGGCCAAAAGUCUAAGCGUCAGAAAACUUCAGUCAACGACUCAUCCGUCGUCCCCUAUAAUCAAACGGCUGAACGAACACUCGAGUCAACCACAAGCCG